AUGGGCUGUUCUCCGACACGACAUCGAUCACAAUUAUCAAAACUCGAUUCACCGUCAAAACUAGAUGCUCCCUGCAUCACCCAAGAAAGGUCAAUUGAGACUCCUGGAGUGUCUCCAAAUCGGAAGCUUCUUCUCGCAUAUUACGCUAAUGAAACCACAAUGAAUGGCAAACUUAAAGGUCUCUUUGAGGCCAUUUUCGCCAAAGAGGAGCUUGAAGUCACCACAAUUGACCUAAGCUACCAUAACCUCAACGUUCGUGAAAUUUACCAUCUGCAAUUUGUUUUGCAAAAUUUCCAGAAUUUACGAGAACUGAAAUUAAAUAACACCGAAAUUACCUCAAAAGAUAUCACGAAAAAUUUUUUUUUUAAAUUUUAAUAUUUUAUUUUUAAAAACAAAUUAAAAAAUAAAAAAAGAUAUCAAGAGGCUUUAUUCUUCCUUGGAACUAAUGCCUAUGAUGCAGGUUUUAGAACUCCAAGGAAAUGCCAUUUGUAAUGAAGGUAUUAAAUAUUUAACGAAGCUUUUUUUUCGGACUAUGAAAUCGUUAAAAGUCCUCAAUCUGAGCAAUAAUCGCUUUGGGGAUGAAGGAAUUGCGACUUUGUGCAAGGGGCUACUUUCUUUGAGGUGCCUUGAAGAAUUAAGGUUAAACAGCAAUAAUAUUUAUUCUAGGGGAUUGAUAUUGCUGUCACAAACCUUAUGCCAAAUUAAAACCUUAAAAAGGCUUGGUUUGGCUGGGAACCCUAUAGACUUUGAAAGUGUAAGAGUUUUAGUAGGCUAGAUUAUAAAAAACUUAUUUUUUCUACAAAUUUAGGUAUUUUAACGUAAAAAUAAAUCUUUAAUACUAAUUUAUACCCAAUAUCUCUCUUUGGCUUUUUAUGCCUACCCAUUUAGUAAGAUCAAUUCGAUCAAAUGUGAAUUUGAAAGAACUCGAUCUUUCUAGAAACGGACUUUCCAAGCAAGUGAAAUACAUGUUGCCUGAAGGCCAAGCAGUGAUAAAAGCCUAA